AUGGCGACUACAAAUGAAGAUGAAUAUGUUGAUAAUGAUCGUAGUCAUUCAAGUUUUUCUUAUCGUUCUUUAUCACCACGUUCAUUUGAACGAUUACGUACUGAACAUAGCGAUUAUUUUUAUAAACCAAAACGUGGUCCAUCAACAAGUAAAUCAAAUAUAACUAUAACACGACCAAUAAAAACAUUUGAAACUGUAACAAAACUUGUUGAACUUUUAACAAAACAAACUAAUAAUAUAAAACGAGAACAUGUUGAAAAUAUGGAAUCAACAAAAACACUUAAUGAACAAAAAUCAAUAUCUAUAUGA